CGUAAACAAAAUCGCGUGUUUACAAAACAUUUAAUUAAACUAAAGGAUGGCGAAGAGACCAGAGCAUUUAGCACCACCAGAAAUCUUUUACAACGAUGAUGAGGCAAAGAAAUAUUCACAAAACACAAGAAUAAUCGAAAUCCAGGAGGAAAUGUCUGAGAGAGCCUAUGAAUUACUGCUUCUUCCUGAAGACGAGCCACAAUUGAUUUUGGAUGUUGGUUGUGGAAGUGGACUUAGUGGAUCUGUUCUUGAAGAAAAUGGACAUUAUUGGAUGGGAAUUGAUAUAUCACAAGCUAUGUUAGAUGUUGCUGUAGAUCGUGAAGUUGAAGGAGAUUUGUUAUUAGGUGAUAUGGGUGAAGGAAUGCCUUUUAAAGCUGGAUCGUUCGAUGGUGCAAUUUCAAUAUCAGCACUACAAUGGCUGUGUAAUGCAGACAAAUCACAUCAUGUUCCACAGAAGCGCCUUUAUCAAUUCUUUACCACAUUAUAUGCCUGCUUGACACGAAAUGCUCGAGCUGUAUUUCAAUUCUAUCCAGAAAAUGCAGAUCAGAUUGAUAUGAUUACAGGUCAGGCAUUAAGAAGUGGAUUUCAUGGUGGUGUAGUUGUUGACUAUCCUAAUUCAUCAAAAUCAAAGAAAUACUAUUUAGUAUUAAUGACUGGUGGUGUCCAACAGCUUCCAGCAGGAUUAGGAACCGAAGAAAACAGCGAACAGAUCCCGUACUCAAGAAAACGUGAAUUAACAAAGAAUAUUCGAGGUAAAAAUCCUAAAAGAUCAAAGGACUGGAUUAUGCAAAAGAAGGAACGAAGGCGACAACAAGGAAGUGAUACAAGAGCUGAUUCAAAACUGAGAAAUGAGACAAAAGUUUUAACAAACUUAAUUUCAAGGAAUUUUAUUUCAAAGUCGAAAAAUUUGUAUGACGUCUUAGGUAUUACACCUGCAGCUACUCAGGCUGACAUCAAAGCAGCAUACUAUAAGCUAUCAAAAGCUUAUCAUCCUGAUACAGCUACUGACAAGUCGUCUGGUGAUAAUUUUAGAGCAAUUACUGAGGCAUAUGAAGUUUUAGGGAAUUAUAGAUUAAAGAAGCUUUACGAUAAAGGCAUAAUACACACAGCAGGCAAAGAUUAUGCUCAUCACUCGAGAGGAUCUGAAAGAACUCAAGCAUAUGAUGAGCCCGAUCACGAAGAUGAUCCUACUACGAAAUUCUACAAAUCUAGACUGAGACAACAGCACACAGGCAAAGCUAAAGUAUAUGAUUUUGAUGAAUGGACACAGUCACAUUAUGGAGAGACAUUCAAGAAUCAGCAGGAGACGAAAAAAAGGAAGGACUCUAAAUCUAAUCGGGAUUUACGUCAUACAGACAAAACUGGAAGUAGAAAUGCACUUUUUGGUCUCUUAGCUGUUGUUGUGUGCUUUGUUAUUAUAGCUGAAUAUGUCAGUCACACACGCUUGGAUGUUGUAGAUCCAGCUUUAGUUAAAUCAAACAAAUCUAGAGAUAAUUGA